AUGACUUCCAUGAAUUUAUUCACCACCAUUUCCCUCGCCGCCGACGGCCGAAAUCCGACCACCUGUUUUCCCAGGCGGCGUCCCAACACCGUUGCUCUCGCCUCCACUUCGGCGGAAUCUCCUCCCGAAAUAGAGCUCGAGUUCAUCGGGCCGAAAGCGGGAAGUGAGGGGAAGAAUCCGGUGGAGAAAGCAAAAGCGAAAAGCGGAGAGAAGCUGUUGAGGAACAUCAUGUUGGAUAACAAGAUCGAGCUUUAUGCCACCUAUGGGAAACUGAUGAACUGCGGAGGAGGUGGUAGCUGUGGAACUUGCAUCGUAGAGAUUAUUGAAGGAAAGGAUCUUUUAAAUGAAAGAACCAAUACUGAACUCAGAUAUCUUAAGAAGGCAUGCUUGCUCUUCCUCUUAAAGUCACCGCACAAGAAUAAGCCUGAAUCUUGGAGGCUGGCUUGUCAAACUAUUGUUGGAAACAAAGAAAACUCUGGCAAGGUUGGUGUUGAUCUUCCAGGCAUGAAAGACGGUGUUCGAGUGACGCGAGCAAUGGCGAGAGCUGUGAGAAAGGUUUCUGUCUCUUCAAGAGCGCACUUUAAGAAGCCGCACAAAUUGGAUAAGAGCAGAGCCGCGCUGAGCGAUGUAACUAAUGUAUGCAGUGCUACAUCCAAAUUUCAGGUAUACAUUAAAUUGUUGUCUUUUGGGGUUGAAAUUUUCGUGGGGUUCUUGAUAUUGCUGGCUUAUGUUGCCACAGUUGAGGCGGCAUACACCCUAAAAAGUUUAGCAUUGUGGCCAAAAUCGCAGUGCUGGAUAUUUACAAGAGGAGAUUAUAAGAAGCGAAGUACAAAGGGAGCUUGUAAUGUCUCCAUGCAAGUUUUGUCAAUUGAAGAAGAUGUUAGAGCAAAGUCAGCGAAAGAUUUAUCCACAAUAUCGCUGGUACAGUCACAUGAUGAUGUUGUAGCUGAAAGGCUGGAAGACAGAGAGCUAGUGCAACCUUCUAUGUCUGUCAUGGCAGGACCCCUGCUUUCAAUGCAGGACUCUAUGAAGUCUGAUGAACUCCUUGGCUCUCCAAAUCAAGACAUUGAUAUGAUUUCAGAGAAACUAAAACAUUCGGAUGAUGUGGGCAUUGUGGACAUUGAUUCAGUGGAGUUAAAAGAUCCUCAAGUUUGGAGUUCAUAUGCCCCUGAUAUAUACAAUAAUAUAUGUGUCCGAGAGGUUUCUGAGGAAUAUAAGCUAGUUCCAGAUACUCUUUACCUUACUGUGAAUCUCAUUGAUCGUUUUCUUUCUCAAAGUUUUAUUCAGAAACAAGGACUGCAAUUACUGGGUGUUACAUGCAUGCUGAUUGCAUCGUUUCAUAUGGUUCCAAUUGAGGUAUGGGGGCUUGAGUCCGUCCCCCACAUUGAAAUAGAUUCUAGGGAGGUUUAUAAGGUCGUGGGUAGAGAGUUGGUGAAUCUAAAGUAUGAAGAGAUUUGUGCUCCUCGAGUAGAAGAAUUUUGCUUCAUAACAGACAAUACGUACACAAAAGCAGAGGUACUGAAAAUGGAGAGUGAGGUUCUAAAUCUGUUGCAUUUUCAAUUAUCGGUUCCCACCGCUAAAACAUUUCUCAGGAGGUUCAUCCUAGCAGCACAAUAUUCUUUUGAGGUCUCUUAUGUUGAAGUGGAAUUUCUGGCAAAUUAUUUAGCAGAGCUCACUCUUGUUGAAUACAGCUUCUCGCAGUUUCUACCUUCCCUGAUAGCUGCGUCUGCUGUAUUACUUGCGAGAUGGACCCUCAACCAGUCAGAACAUCCAUGGAAUUCAACUAUGGAACAUUAUACGAAGUACAAAGUGUCAGAGCUUAAAACUACUGUCCUUGCUCUGGCAGAUUUGCAGAUUGAUAACAAAGGCUGUCCUCUGAAUGCUAUACGUGAAAAAUAUAAACAGCAGAAGUUCAUGAGCGUGGCAAAUUUGUCUCCAAAACCAGUGCAGUCACUUUUCGAGGCUGAAGUAUAA